CACUGGGCGCCGUGGGGGGGUACCAGGGCCUGCUGGAGCGUUACCCCCUGGCCCUGCCCCCCAACGCCACGGGGCCCUGCGGGCGGCCCCGGCCCGACGCCUUCCACCUCCUGCGGCAUCCCAGUACCGGAGACCUGCCCUGGCCCGGCCUCGUGCUGGGACUGGGAAUCAUCUCGGCCUGGUACUGGUGCACCGACCAGGUGAUCGUGCAGCGCUGCCUCGCCGGCCGCUCCCUCACGCACGUCCGCGCCGGCUGCGUCGUCUGCGGCUACCUCAAGGUGCUGCCCAUGUUCCUGAUGGUGCUGCCCGGCAUGGCCGCCCGCGUCCUCUUCCCGGAGGUGGUGGGCUGCGCUGACCCCCAGGGCUGCUCCCGGGCCUGCGGCUCCGCCCUCGGCUGCUCCAAUGUGGCCUAUCCCAGACUGGUGCUGAGCCUGCUGCCCCCCGGGCUGCGCGGGCUGAUGCUGGCCGUGGUGCUGGCCGCGCUGAUGUCGUCGCUGGCCUCCAUCUUCGCCAGCUCGGCCGCGCUCUUCACGCUCGACGUGUACCGGAAAGUGCGGCCGGGGGCGGGGCCGCGGCACCUGCUGCUGGCCGGCAGGCUGUGGGUGGUGGCCAUGGUGGGGCUGAGCCUGGCCUGGCUGCCGGUGGUGGAGGCGGCGCGGGGCGGGCAGCUCUUCGACUACAUGCAGGCGCUGGCCUCGUACCUGGCCCCGCCCGUGGCCGCCGUCUUCUUCCUGGCCGUGUUCGUGCCCCGCGUCAACGAGCCG